GUCGGUUCUUCGGUGUCGUAAUUUCCUUCGAGACUUUUUGCUGUGAAUUCUUACCCAACUGCUUUGCGUCUGAACAUUUACUCGAAGGCAAACGUAAUCGGUGCUGUGGCGGCUUGUCUUCAAGGUUUGCCCGACAUGGGCAUUUUGCUCCACUCUCAGUUUGGCAAGCUUUUUCAGCUGCAUGUCGUCCGCUGCCAGAACUCUACAAAGCUCAUUGGUAGUCUCCUCUGCCGUCAGCUUAUUACGAUCUGCAAAUUUGAACUUUGGUUCACCUUCGGUCGUCAUCCUCUACGCUUCUCACUCGAUGAAUUCCACGCCGUCACUGGUUUAAACUGCGGAUCAUUCAAUGUUGGAGAUUCUGAGGCUGACGAAGCUCCAGGUCCUACAAUGUGGAACAAGCUAUUUGAUACAACACUGGGUACCGUUACCGUGAGUCACGUUCUUGAGAUGCUGCGGAAUCCAUUCCUAGCUGGAUGGAAACAUGUUCCUUUGGCUCUAAUAGCCUUGGUGGACGGGGUUGUGUGUUGCAAUAACAAAACCCUCAAACUCACCCCGAGGUAUGUCGAGAUGCUCGGCGACAUUGAAAGCUUCUUGGCGUAUCCAUGGGGUAGAGAAUCGUUCUUGGCGAUCUUAACUUGUUUUUUACCUCCCCCAGUCAGUAAAGUUAUAAAAGACCCAGUGCAAGCAAUGCGGGUCCGGUUAUCUCAACAGACAACAGCUUUCUAUGGCUUUCCACUAGCUCUCUAGUUGUUCGAUUUUGAAACUUUGCCUCAGGUGUUGUGUAAGAUUCUGCAACUUUCUUGGAGGACCCUACAGCUUGCAAAGAUACUGUUACUAUCCUCAGCGUACAGGACAUUCUUGUCGUCAAAGCAGAUGCAACUAUAUGAAGCAAC